AUGGUCAAGUCCAACAUUUUGAUCUAUGUGCUACGACACGACCUUCGCCUGUCUGACAACCCCAUCUUUCAUCGUCUUGCAUCGCAGACCGAUCACGGCUUCACGCACUUGCUCCCUGUCUAUGUCUUUCCCGCCCAGCAAAUCGAGGUUUCGGGUUUCAUCAAGGAUGGCGCCGGGACUUCUCCCUAUCCAGAGGCGAGGAGCACGGUAUACAAGGUGUGGCGGACUGGUCCCCACCGGGCCAAAUUCAUUGCCCAGUCCGUCUGGGACCUGAAGGAGAAGCUGGAGUCUGCCGGGGCGGGCCUUGUGCUCCGUGUCGGAAACUCGAGCGAUGUGGUGGCAGAUCUGAUCACGGGAUUCUCGCGAAAAGAGGAGAAGGUCGGGGCAGUCUGGAUGACCAAGGACGAGGGCGUCGAGGAGUGCAGAGAGCAAAAGGCCAUCUCUGCCAUCUGCAAAGAACACGACGCUGCGUUUAAGCUCUGGACGGACGAGAAGUAUUAUGUGGACGACCGCGAUCUGUCGACGCCCAUCAAAGACAUACCCGAUGUCUUCACCACAUACAGGAAGUCUGUCGAACCAUUGAGAAGCCGACCGCGCGCUGUUCUUCCAAAGCCUGACAAGGGCCAGCUUCCACCCCUUCCUGAAGCGUCCUGCAUACCGCCCCAGCAACCUCCUUUCACGAUACCGACAGAAUACGCCGAGGUGGAAGAGGCUGUCGUGUCCCCGGUCCGGGACUUUCUGUCGGACAUGCCUGCGUUCCCCGAGGGCGCAGAGUCAGCGCACCCCUUUUCUGGCGGCGAGUCCUCGGCGCAGGAGAGACUGCACCAUCUGAUCAAGGAAGGCCUGAUGUACAGUUACAAGGAAACCAGAAAUGGCCUCCUUGGUCCCGCGUUCAGCACCAAACUAUCCGCCUACCUUGCCCAGGGCUGCCUCACGGCCCGGCAGAUUCACCACGAGAUGCUCAAGUACGAAGACGGGACCGAUGUGGACUACGAACACGCCAAGGGGUUCAAGGAGGGCGAGAACGAAGGGACCGCGGCCGUCCGGUUCGAGCUCUUGUGGAGGGACUACAUGCGUCUCUGCACAAUGAAGUUCCGCCACAGGCUCUUCCGGCUCGAUGGUUUCCGCGGUCGUGAUGAAAAGUACGACUCGGAAGCACCCACCGGUGCCACCACGACGAAGAAACCAAAGUGGAAGACGUCCAUUGCUGAAAAUGCCCUGGCAGACCAGCAGCCUGGUCCAGACGAGGUGGCCGAGCUCAUCAGGCGCUUCAACAACGGCACCACAGGCAUGGGUCUGAUUGAUGCCUCGCAGCGAGAACUGCUGCACACAGGCUACACUUCGAACCGCUCGCGACAGAACGUAGCCAGUUUUCUCGCGAAGCACCUGGGCAUCGACUGGCGCUUCGGGGCGGAGUGGUACGAGAUGUUGCUGCUCGACUACGACGUGUCCUCGAACUGGGCCAACUGGCAGUACGUCGCCGGCGUGGGCAAUGACCCUCGGGGUGAAGCGCGCAUCUUCAACCCCGUGAAGCAGGCUUUUGAUUACGACAAGCAGGGCGCCUACGUCAAGACCUGGGUCCCAGAGCUCCAGCCGCUGCAGAAGCUCGAGAACAUCUUCCAGGUCUCGACAACCUCCCCACAGCACCUUGAGGAGGCUGGCCUGACGGGCAACAUCAUGGCCACCAAUCCAGUGAAGCGGAUUGAAUUUGUUGUGGACGGCAAGCCCAAGUCAAACAGACGGCCUUUUCUUCCUCGGGGCCGUGGCGCGAGGCGAGGCUAUAAUGGCAGUCGCCACAUGCAUACGAAUGAUGGCCCAGGAAUGUCGUCAUCUUCUGGGAACCCCGACAGCGAUGACUACAGGGGCCCUCCGUACCGAGGUCGUGGUGGUGGUUUUGGCAUGGGCCCUCGACGCGGUUUCCACAGCGGACGAGGUCGUGGUGCUUUCCACGGAGGCGGAGGAGCAACAGCAUACAUUCAUCCGCAAGCCUAUUUCGCCGGCCCUCAAGGACAGAUGGGCGCGCCUGGUCAAGUAGGAGGAGGCUAUCAUAUGGUUUCGGGACAGAACGGUUAUCCGAUUGUCUAUCCCAACCUGUAUGCUGCAGGGCCGCCGCCAUCCUGAUUCGGUCUCAACAUACCUCAAGGGAACGCAUCUCACACCAACACCACAAGAAUGUUCAUGACUUCUCAUAAACGACGGGGACCGUUCUGCCAUCCAACAAACAAUACUUGACGAUUUCUGGAAUAACCGGUCUGCAAGCUUUUCUUAACUUAAACGAAUGCAUCCAUCUCAUGUUCGGUUCGCGGAUAAUGGGAGGUAAAGAUUGUCGUUCCAUAGAAUCAUGCCACGUACACGGGAUGCGUCGGCAUAGUUGACUGUACAUAUCAUUACCCAUUUGGCUUGCCUUGGAGAUUAACGUACGUAUUCAUUGUUCAUCACCUCAGUUGAUUCCAGCUCACGUACAGUUCGCGGGAGGAAGAUUUAAUGAUGUUUGUUGACGCAAGUAAAGUGACAAAGGAGGAGGCGGCAUGGGGAACCAACACCCCUUUUCCAUACAAAAGACGUUUUAUGCUAUAAUGAAUUAAUGCUACGAUGAUUUC